AUGUCGACAGCUUGGGAUGACUCUGACGUGUCUCUCUCUGACUGUGAGUUGGCGGAGGGGGAGGUCACACCUGUGGAGUUGGACACUGCUGGCCUGGAGGGGGGCAGGGGAGAUGGAGCAGUCGGAGAGGGGAGAGAGGAUGACUUCUACUCUGACGAGGAGGCAGUGGCACAGGGGGUCCCCAAGCCCAUGCAGGAAGGGGAUGAGAGUGUGAAUAAGAGUAGAGAGGCGAAGCAAUUGAGGGGGAGGGGCAGUGGUGGAUUCCUCAUCAGUGACCUCUUGUCCAAAGAUGCAACCAGCAACAACAGCGACAACACUAUGCGCCACCAAUCUAACCCAGCAUUGGACCUGUACAACUUCCACUCUCACUGUGAACUGGGGGGUGUAUUGGGACAUAGUUUGGCCCUAUAUACUUCUGUCCACAAAAACAACAACAACACUAACAACAAAAACAACAACAACAUCAGCAGCAGCAGCAGCAGCCACUGUGGUGUCCCGCUGGCGUCUUCCUCUGUCUCUGGCUCCAUCUCUGUGCCCCCCUCUUCUUCCAUCCCCUCCCCCUUGGCACUGCAGAACUUCCUGAACAAGAAGAACAGACGCAGGAGGACAGCAUUCACGCAGGGCCAGCUGAACUUUCUGGAGCGUAAGUUCCGCUGCCAGAAGUACUUGAGUGUGGCUGACAGGAGUGACGUGGCAGAGCUGCUCUGUCUGAGUGAGACACAAGUGAAGACCUGGUACCAGAACAGGAGGACGAAGUGGAAGCGGCAGACCAGUGCAGAGGAGAGGCUGGAGGAGCUGGAGAGCCACAGAUGCCACGAGCCAGACUGUCCCGCCAACACCAUCACCACCCACCCCACAACCGCCACAGCCACACUCCGCACCACACACAACAACACAAACAACACGCAAGUGGCCAGUGAGUGCUGUAAUUGA